GGAUAAUACAGGCAAAAGCCUGGAAUAAAACACUUUGCAAGGGUGAAAUACAACACAGCUGCAGAGAGAAGAAAGAAAGAUGAACAGUUUGCUAAUUGCAGUUUUUGUCCUUCUAAGCUGCCACAUUGGUCAUACACUGGAUUGCUAUUCAUGUGACUAUGGGACCUGUUUAUUCCCCUCAACGAUAUCCUGUACAGGCACUCAGGUCUGUUUGACAGAGACAUCAUCACUAACUGAUCUCCUUAAAAUGAAGAAAAAGGGCUGCAUAGACUUAUUGAGUUGUAACUCGGACUCUUCAGUGACACAUCUAGGAAUAUCAGUGAAAACCAGGACUUCCUGCUGUAUGACCAACCUCUGCAACUCAGCUGUCACCCCUAGAGUGUCCGUGGUCACUGGUAUAGCUGCUGUGGUAGCCCUGUGCUUUGCAAAGCUUUUCUAAAUCUGCAAAGCAUUAUGGGUAGCUCACAUCUCAGCUAAUAUGUAUAAGGCAUAUAUCUCCUUUCAGUGCAAAUAAUUGAUCCACAUUUGUUCCCUUUUUGCACAUUGAAUGUUUCAAUAUAGAUUCACACUUCCUUUUUCGUACGUCUCCCUAAAAGAAAACCCUCAACCUUCCUUCUUGAUCUGCAAACUAUCCAGUACCCCAAGUAUGGUCUACUUUUGAAAAAAUCCUGACACAAUCAAUAUAUAUGUAUUAUUUGUUAUGGUGGUUUUUUUGUUUUUUUUUGUUUGUGUUUUUUUCUAUUCUUUGUAUAAAAAAUAAAAGAUAUAUUUAAAAUGUA